AUGGAUUCGCCUGUCAUCGUGGACACUGCAUCCAAAUUUGGCCGAGAUCUGGACCCUGGUUUUCCGUUCGACGACGACAGUUUCAGUAGACGGGGGGAUAUAAGAUCCCACUUGGACGAUUUGGCGGCCCGUCAUCCAGAAUUUGCAGAGCAUCUGCUGGGACCACCUUGGGGCGAUAUACCCUUUCACGGGACACUCCGUAACCGUCGACGCGGCUCGGGAAGCCAUUCCCAACAGGGUCAUCCAGACGAAGACGCCCGUAGUCAAGCGAGUGGAUCCAGUGCUGCGAGUGCAGCCAGCGGUGCCAGUGGUGUCAGUUCUCACGGCGAACCAGAUUUAAUUUAUCAGCACCAGGAACUCACUGGAAAUAACAAAAUCCCCCAGUACGGUUUACGCAACACCGUAGACAUUGGUCAGCAUCGUCACAAUAUGGAGAAUCUUGAGAAGGCCGACCGAGGACAGAGAUCCAUGUCUGCGCCUCCGGAAAAUCGACCGGACCAGUUUCAGCAACCAAACCAAAACAAUUCUAAACAGAAUUAUUAUCAGAAUCAGAAUCCUCGGUUCGUUUCCAGGGUAGACAUUACUCCACAGUACACUAAUCAAAAUCAGAAUCCCAAUGCAGUACCAAAUCCUCAGCAACAGUCACCUCAAAAUCAGUCUCCACCUCAGCAGCAGCAGCAGCAGCAGCACCAGCACCACCAACCACAAGGCAAUGUCAGGCAUAUUCCAAUUUUCGUAGAAGGUCGCGAUGAGCCAGUUAUUUCAAAAGGCAAGGCGCCACCUUACGUCAGACAACAAUCGCCGUCAAGGUUCUAUCAGCCGGCAUUUGAUUCGUCACACCCAGAAUUCAAUUCAUCAAAUUAUCAAAGGCCAUCUAGCCAAUUUAAUCAACACUUUGGUGGAAGAAACAGAGACUGGCCUUCACAAUUUCAAGAACACUUUCAAGAUCCCUUCCCAGACACAUUCGAUCACCCGACAAUAAGAAAGACCACCCAUCACAAUCAAUCUCAUUCCCCAUUCAAACACGAGGAUAGAAGACGGGAUCAAAGCCCUGUUCAUAUGAAACAUCACCAACAGGCAAACCAACAACAUCAACAACCUCAACAAGAACAAGAACAAGAACAACCAAAGCGUCAGGAAUCUCCAAAACCUCGUAAACAAGUGGUACCAACAGAUCCCCUUGAAAAAGUUGCUUUGGUACAAAAUGAAAUUGACUCGUUGACGGAGCAGGUUAAACAAUGGAGCGGUACUUCCAGAAAAGACAAACAGUACAUUUAUCUCGAUGAAAUGUUGACGAGGGAGCUCAUUAAAUUGGAUGACAUCGAGACUGAGGGCAAGGAAAAUGUCAGACAGGCGAGAAAGAACGCGAUUAAGAGUAUCCAAGACUCGAUAAGUUUAUUGGAGUCGAAGGCGCCUCUUCCGAUAACCGAAAUUAACCAACAGGUGGAACAGAAGAACCCACCAGAGGCUGCAGAGUCUGUCGAGCCAAUGGAGAGCGAGACUCCAGUUAAGGAGGAACAAGGGGAGGCCAUUCCUCUGCCAUCACCCACCAAAAUAGAGCCUGUUGUUGGUGAUUCUGAACCAAAGGAUACCGAUAAAUCUGAGGCUGCUGAUGCAUUAAUAACUGUUGAGAUUGCUCCUGGUGUUCCUAUGGAAACAGCUCCUGAAGAAAAAAAAUCUGGUGAUGAUAGCGUAAUGGAGCUGGAGGUUCAGCCAGUAGAGACUCAAACUACACAAGAUGCUACGGAAUUAAAAAAAGAGAACGAGGCUAGUACUAAAAAAGAGGCCAAUGAAACAAUCCCAGCAAAGUCACCAAAAAAAUUAAAAAAAGCUAAAAAACAAACGCCCGUUUCGAUUGAACCGAUCCCACUACCAGCUUCCGAAGAGCAAAGUCGAUUAGCUCAGUAA